CGUGCUCUGGCGGCACCCUUUGGCGUUUGGUAUGGCAUCAAGUAUGCGGAGCAGCCCAUCGGUAAGCUCCGUUUCAGUUCAGUCCAGUGGCCCUCUGCAUUCAACGGGACACGAGACGCCAAGUCUGACAGGAAAUUUUGUAUCCAGUAUGUCAAGACUGAAUCGGUAUAUGGCGAAGACUGUUUGAAUCUCAAUGUUUACAGGCCAUCCGUUGUAAGCCCAGACAAGAAACUGCCUGUUUUGGUCUGGAUCCAUGGAAUAGGGUCUGUUUCGCAAUGGCGCUGGCAUAAUGUUCCACCGAGCUUCGUUUGUCACAGCCUCACGAGAGCCUCUUAUGGUUGUGACCAUCAACUACAGAAUGAUGCCUUUUCCGCACUCGGCAUUGACAAUCUUGGGCUCCAAAAUCAGCACCAACUUCUCUGCUUCGUUCAUAUAUAUGUCUCGUCGUUUAGUGGCGACCCAGAGCGUAUUAAUCUGACAGGUAAGUCGGCUGGUGCGUACUCAAUCGGCUUUCACUAUCAAAAACCCCAUCCUUCGCCCUCGCACUUCCACUACGCAAUCUUCCAGUCGGGUAGCCCGACUGGCCGCUCUUUGCCAGUCACAUCGGAUCCUUUCAUCGUCACACAGUUUUAG